CUCUUAGGAAAUGAUUACAGAAAAAAAAGACAAUCAAUUGUUUUUAAUUAAAUUAACGUUGAUGGUUAACAAUCAGAAAGAAAACCCUUUUCUUAAUAUAAAAGUUUUCAUCUCAAUUGUUACUUUUUUUUGUCUCUAAAUUGUUGUACUUUUUUUCUGUUCAUUUAACUUUAAUUCAGUUUGAUUAGAAAUCAACAUGAUGAUGAUGAUUUAGGUUCCACCUUCAACAAUCAAUUAAAUCCUUGCCUACAAAAAUAUUGUAUUUUUAACCCAAUCACUUGAAGAUUAAACCAAUCACUUGGAUUUGAUUAGUGAUUAGACCAACAUCAACAAUUAAAGAGUAACAAUUUAGUAGUAACAUUUGAGUUAAUCAAUUCAGAUUUGUACAGUUAACCGGAUUUAAGGAUCUUCAGUCAAUCAUUUGUCUGUGUGUUUAAAUUAUUAUCAAUUGAUUAACUUGAUUAUCUUUAAUCAUGUAUCAUUCAUGUGUUUCUUUGAUCCUUUACUCGUUUAUUUUGGGUGAAUUGAUUGAGACAAUUAAAGGUUUACCUGAUAAAUUUAAUUCACAAUUAAAAUCAGCUGAUCCUUAUCGUCCAUUUUCAUCAGUUGAAACAGCAACAGGAACUAAAUUAAGCCCUAAUGGAGCAGCAAUUAGACAAUGGGAAACCAGAAGUUGGAUAUCAACAAUACCAUUACAAAAAGCUACUUCAGUUAAUGAUAAUAAUCAUCAUCAUGAUUUAGAAACUGGAUUAACACCGACAACAACCUCAACCUCAACAUCAUCUUCAUCUGAUGAUCAAUUUGAUUACGGAUCGACAAAUGAUUCGUCAAAUUGUCGUGGUGAUAAUUGUCGUAAAUCACCAUUCCAAGGUACGUAUGAUACAAUUAAUUAUCAAAAGAAAAUGGUCUAUCCUGAUAAACAAUCAACUCGAAUUGAAGAGCCAACUUAUUCCCGUGGAUUUAGAGGUGAUGAUGAUUAUGGUGAAGAAGGUGGAAGACAAAGUGAACAACCUCAUCAUCAGAAUAGUUAUCAUCGUGUUCAUCAUCAUCAACGAACUCACCAUAAUUCAAAUGAACCCGCCGAUCGAGAAAAUGAGAAAAAUUCCCGUUCGAAUACCGGAAAUCCUUCUAAUCCUCAUCCUCUCAAUUGGCAUCAUCACGCUCACCCAAAGGGAAGAUCAAGCCGUUGGGAAUCUGAUAUGAGCUCUUUUGAUAAUAAUAAAGAUAAAGAUGAUCAUGGUAGUGAUCAUGAUGAUUCAGAUUGGAAUAAGAAAAAUUGGAGAGAGAGAUCAAAUUUCGGUAGAGAUUCGGGUUUCAACUCGAAAUCAUUCGAGGUUCAAUGGACAAUGGAGAUGAGAACGACAAAAAAGAUCACCACUUCCAGAGAGAUCAUCAUCAAACCCGCCGUCGAAAAUACAACAACCAUGAUGAGGGCAAAGACGAUAAUCGACCGAAUAAAGAUCAUUAUGAAUACGAUAGAAGAGAAUACGAGAAAGAACGAGAUAGAGAAUGGAAAAGUUAUUCUAACGGUAAAAGUUCAGAGAACGAUAAAAAUCACGAUUAUAAUAAUAAUCACAACGAUUCUGGUUAUGGAAAUAAUAAAUCGGGUAAAGAUGAACAUAACGAGGGAAGAGUCGAAAAAUCAUCUCGAGAGCAUAAUGGAAGUCACAAUCAUCCAUAUCAUCAGCGAUCAUAUGACUCGAAUGGUUCUAAUGGUGGGGGAAGAGGAAAUUCUGGUAAAUCGAUCGGUACAAAGGAUAAAUCAAAGCCGAAAGUGAAAACUUAUCACCAUGAUGAAGAGACUCGGAUGGAUAUUCACAUGCUCAUGGCUACGAGAAAGAGGAAGUUGAAGGAAGCCGAUUCUUUGAACCUUCGGGAUUAACGGGACAAGACAAUAGUAACAAUCAUCAUCAUCACCACCCAGCAUCAACUUCAUCGGGUUCUCAUCAUCAUCAUCAUCAUUAUCCAAGUGAUUACAAUCAAACCUCAACUGAUGAUUAUCGCCAUUCAAAUGAAGGCCACACCAGGCCGACCAGUGGCCGGUCAAUCGGUAAAAAUAAACCAGAAUGUGAUUGUUCAGGUAAAAAUGGUAAAAAUCAUCACUAUGAUGUACCCGAUGUCGCAGAUUCCAAGGCCAAAGCUGCUUCGGCUGCCGCUUCGGCCGCGAGGGUUAAACGUCAAGAUGAAACCAGUAAUAAAAAUGUAUUUGGAAUCAGGUCUAAAUUAACACCCAAAUAUUUAUCGACAGUUAAUCACGUUAAUUACACUUUUAAUUCAAAUUAAAUUGUGUAACGAUUAAUGUGCUUCUAAUUUUUCAAUUUAAUUGUAUAGACAAAUUUAACAUGAGUAACAAUUAAACUUACGAUUUUUAAUUGUUUUCCUCUGAUCAAAGUUUAUAUUGAAUUUGUUGUAAAUGUAUUAAGGUGACAAUUAAAGUUAAUUUUUUUUUCUCUCUCCAAUAAAAUUAAUCAACUUUUUUUUGUUUC